UCGGGUCGUUGUAUCCUCCCAUUCACAAAAAUUCAACCAGAUAUUUCUUAAUUUAUCACCCUUGUGAUAAAUAAACAGCAAAAUUAUCUCUUUUUUAGUCAGGAUGUUAUAGUUCUUUAAUUUGCGAUGGGUUCCCUAAUUUCGAGGUGUACGUCGUCCUGCUGCUGUGCAUUUUGUCAAGGGUCACACCGUUUCAAGAGGCAGGAAUCAUUUUCAGGAAUUUUGACCCAAACUGGACAAAGUUGCAGUGCUAAUAAUUUUAGUUCUUCGUCUCCUCUCGAAAUAACAACUCAGCCGAAACAACAGAAACAAUACUCUUGGGACACCCGUCCAAAACAGGACCCUGCAAAUUACACCAUUUCCGACCUUCGUGACGGCGAACAAAGGGUGAAACGCCCGGGUGAAAUUAACGGGCAGCAAUUCAUCAUAAAAAAUUGUACUAAUUCCAAAAUCUUCAUGUUCGAUUACUCCAGCCAAGUUACGAUUGAUGAUUGUACGGAUUGCCUCAUUGUGUGUGGACCAGUCCAAGGAAGCCUAUUUUUACGAGACACAAAAAACUCUACACUCGUCUGUACCUCGUCCCAAUUGAGGUUGCGAGAUUGUCAAAAUAUUCAUUUAUUCGUCGCAACAGAGUCCGAUCCCAUAAUUGAGGCGUCCACGGAAAUUGUAGUAGGACCAUAUUUCCUAUCGUAUAAUGGACUCGUGGACCAAUUUAAAUCAGCGAAACUCGACCGGUCUAAAGCGACACAUUGGUCAGAAAUUUACGACUUCACGCCAAACGAUGUCACCCCGAAUUGGAAACGUUACGAGAGAGGAAAGCACACACCGGAAAAGUACAUCUGCCUCCCACAACCUGUCAAUUUUUAUGCUGAUCUUGAAAUACGCCUGGAGGAUGAGACUACUCUAGUUCAAGCAAAUGUUAUUUUACAAGAUUGAAUUUUAUAGUAUUUACUCGUAUUUUAUUUAUUGUAUUUAUCCAUGAAUAUUUUCUUCUUAGUAGUUCAUACAAAAUCUUAAUAUAAAUAUAUGCAAAAAUACACCAACUGUAUUGAAAAGAU